AAGAGAGUUAGAAGAUUUCAGGGUUAAAAGGUGGUAAAAAAAUAUCGUGAAAUGCGCGAUGUUAGAAAUUUGGAUAGUACGUCUUUUCGCUUGUAUUCUAUUUUUACUCGGCACUCUAUUGCUAAUUCAUUGCAAAACAAAUAGACAGGGCAGUAAGUCGUUGCGACGUGGAGAGGCCAGAAAAGCGGCUUGAAAAUUCAUACCUUCAAAAUGACCGAUAAUACAAAGCAAAUUGCAUUCUGCAUUACGAUGUCGCUUUGCAACGGACAUCAAACCGCGGAAUUAGGUAUAUACCUUUCAGCAAUCAUUCAGCGUCGGCUAUAAGUGUCUAAUAGGAACAAUUGCUUCAAGAGUCGUGUUACACAAAGAAUUGUUAAUAUUGCGAGGCACGACUACGCGGUAAGGAUCGGAAAGACCCGUGAUGCCCUUAGUACUCUCCUAACAUAAGCAAAAUGGAUUUCUUCGACGGGCACAACUACAGAGUCAACAAAAUUCUGCUAUUAGCAAUCGGCCAAUGGCCUUACCAAUCGUCCAGGACGAGCCACGCAAUAGUCUUCGUCAUAGUAACUAUAGUUUGCUCGCAAUUUCUCACCAAGCUAUGUGGUAUGUUCUCCUACAUUCACGAUAUGGACAUCGUGAUCGAGUGUCUCGUUCCGAUAAUGGUUGAUGUAUCAGGUAUGACGAAAAUAAUGAAUUCCAUACUGUGCGUGAAUGAGAUAAGAGUAUUACUCGAUCGAAUACGGGAUGACUUUUAUUCGUUGAAAAAUUCCAACGACAUAAAGAUUCUUCAAAAAUACGCGAACAGUGGUAAAAACUCCUCGACCACUUACGUCUGCGUGAUAUACACGCUAACGGUUGUAUUUAUGUUGAUGCCCUUCCAACCGUUGAUCCUUCGAGUCGCCAACGCUACCACUCGGCCUAUGUUGCACAGAGUCGAGUAUUACGUCGACAUGGACAAGUAUUAUUUCCCAAUUUUGAUUCACGGAUACUUCACCGCUGUAAUUUGCGUUACGUCCAUCGUCGCAACUGAUGCGAUGUUUGUCAUAUUUGUGCAACACGCUUGCGGGCUGUUUAUUAUAACUGGCUCGCGAAUAGAACAAGCGAUACAGAAGACAAACCUUACCGGAGAUGCAGAUCCCCCAAUUACGAAAGAUACGGCGUAUCGAAAUAUGAUACAAUGCGUUCACGACCACAGAGCAGCUAUAAGGUUUGCCAAUCGCAUGGAAGUGGUGUACUCCAAGCACUUUUUGUUCCAUGCCGGGCUGAAUAUGAUAGCUAUGAGUGUUACGGGCGUUGGGGCUGUGACAAAAUCGGACGAUCUGUCUGAGCUCCUUAGACUAGUAGCCGUAUCGUGUGCAUUAUUAUUUCAUCUAUGCUUCGAAUGUAUUAAUGCUCAGAGAUUGAUGGAUUACAGUGGAUAUCUCCAUACUAAUCUAAUAAAUUUAAACUGGUACGAUGCAUCGCCCAGAACGAAGAAACUUGUUCUUUUUAUGAUGAUGAAAACGCAGCCUCCUUGUGUAUUAACGGCCGGCGGUAUGUUCGUUUUGUGCAUGGAAACAUUCGCCACGAUUGUAAAGACUGCUGUGUCAUAUUUCACUUUCUUACGCUCGGCGCAUUGAUGGACACAGCUUUGCGAGUCUUGUGAUGUGAUCAUGAUACCAAAAAGCAACAACCAUCCACUAGUUAAAUCUAGCAUCGGUUAGCUAGAAAUUUUUAUCUGGCAUUGAAAACAUCCGCUGCAAUUGCUAAAAUUAUAUUUUACAUCAAAGUUACCAAAUGGAUGUGAAUUGUACAAUUAAUGUUGAUACUAUACAUUGUAAAAAAGUAUGUAAAGUCACAUAAAUAAUAAGUGUAACAGUU